AUGGCAGAUACACAAGAGCAGAUGUUCUCUCAGAGAAUAUCACAACAAUACAGCAACAAUAUGUUCAGACAUCGUGGUGUCAAUGCAGAGAUAGAGGUUGUUCUCAAAUACGCAGACGGUCAAGAGCGAUCAGGCACAUUCACAAAAGUAGGUCAACCGAUCAAUCUGUAUGAUGGAUCAAAGGUAACUGCGCCAGGUGAGUCUGACAUAAUUGAAGACCCUGCAAUAUUCAACCAGUUCUCCAUAUUCAUUCACAGUCUAAACCCACGAGGCGGUUGCACCGACAAUCGCAACCACUGCCUCUACGAUUGCAUCAAGGAGGUAUAUCCAAAGGAACUGAUCGAUCAUUUCGGUAAGCCAUAUCGUCUCAAGAAGUUUCUCGGCCUGGAUGACUAUGAUCCCGUCCACUACAGGUUGAUCCCACGUCUCGAGGACAAGCUUGGAAUACGCAUUCAAGUCAAUGGUGAGUAUUCAUACGACUCAACCGCGACACAUGUGAGAUCGAUCAAUCUCAAACUGACCAACGGCCAUUACUCUCUAAUCAAAGCAUCGCGCUUGCCAUGUCGUAUUAUUUACAAGGGCGAGCACAACAAAGACGUUUACAUCAAACCAGUCUCAUUCAAACUCAAGGGCGACAUGGCAGAGCUCUGGGAUGGAGUCGAUCAAAUCAUGAUGCCACUAUCACAGUUCUACGACGAGGACAGAAAUAAUUAUCGAUCAAAGACUCAAUUCAUCAGGAGCCCUCCCCACCAGACACUGCAACAGACCCUCGAUCAAUUCGUAAGUGAUGCAGAUGCUCUCAAGGCACAUACCAACGGCGCCAUCGACAUGUAUUUCACAGGACACAAUAUUAACAACGCAGCCCUCGACCUAUUCUACAAAUACAAUCAAACAGUUGAAGCAGAUCAUCUCGAGCUCGAUGAAGCGCAAUGGAUCGCCAAGGCGUCGAGCAAAGCAUUUCAAUACUCAGAACCAUACGAAGGACCGUUGUACAAGUAUGACGUUUCGGCGAUGUAUGCAGCAAUCAUGAAGAGCAGCACCUUCGCCGUGCCCACCAAGAAAGGCAAGUUCCAACGACUCACUGAUGCCGAGCUUGUGAAAUGCAUCCCAUUUGGUAUUUAUAGGGCGACCAUCAAUGGCUCUCAUCGAGCGUUCCAACUCAACUAUCACAACUACUACACUCACUACAACCUCACUUUCGCGCAGGAGCUAGGACUGACAUUCAAUUUGAUCGAUGACAGCGAGAACAACGCUCUCCUCUAUCCCACUGGCAGGGUCACCGGUUCGAUCAUGUUUGGCGAAUAUAUCAAUCAGGUCCUUGGAUGGAAAGCCGCAUGCGAACCCAAAUCUAGAUUAGAAGGGCUCUGCAAGCAGCUUUAUCAACGUCUCUGGGGAGCACUGGCAAAGAAGACAACGCGCAAGAAGCACGUCGUGGUCAACACCGAGCCAACAGUGAUGGAGACCAAGAAUGGUAAGAUGACACACCGAUCGUUCGAAUGCAAUGUUCGCGAUUGCGACACGAUCUUGAGUGUCACAGCAGCGAGCAAUGGUAAUGUCAAUAUCAAGCUUGGCUCCAGCGACAAGAUGUACGUCACGCCAUUCGCUCGCAUCAUGCCAUUCAUCAUCUCUCGUGGUCGCAAGAUGAUUGGAACGAUAAUAAAGGACGACAUUGACAACAUCAAACGUGUGCACACUGAUGGAUUCGUCUCGACCAAGCCCUGGACCGAGAAGACAAGCAAGCAAUCACUUGAUUAUCCCAAGAUUGGCGAGGAGUGCGGUGAUCUCAAAUAUGAGGGCUUCUGUCCCGAUGCCAUUGUCACUAACAUGCGCAAGACUGUUGGAGAGUUUAAAUACAAUAGUUGUUGGUAG